AUGCUCUUCACCUCGGCCACCAUUUUCUGCGUUUCUCUAUAUAUGGCAUUUGCUUAUGGUUGUUUGCACCUCCUCUUUAAUACUAUACCGCCCCUCCUCCAGGACACGUACCAUUUCUCCAUCGGCAUCACGGGGCUCGUCUACCUCGCCGUGCUGGCAGGCUACGUGUGCGGCCUGGGUUUGUUCUACCUGCCCCCCGACAGGACGGUCGUUCGAGUGACAGAGGCCAAUGAUGGCGUGUAUAAGCCCGAGAAGCGGCUCCGGGAUUGUAUAUGGUUUGCGCUAGCAAUAACCGUCACAUUCUUCAUAUUCGGCGGGUCCGCCGACAAGGUGGUGAACUGGAUUGUCUCCGUUGUUGGUCUCGUGCCGCUUGGAUUUGGUAUUAUAAGUGUUUGGGCGCCUAUUCACGUACGUCGUAGACGCGUAUCCUCAGUACCCGGCGUCGGGGCUGGCGGCAUUUUCGGUUUUGAGAAGUACGGUUGGUGCUUUGCUGCCACUGGCUGGGCCGCAGAUGUUCAAGAGCUUUGGGCAUAG